UGUAAAGUAUAAAAAUAGAAAUCCUGGAAAUAGUACUUUCGAUUUAGAUUUUCAGAAAUACCAAUCAAUCAUUUUGCUUUAAUAUAUGCAUGUUAAUUUUCGGAAAAGGGCCUGUAAUAGUACGUACUGUUACUGACAGUAUAUAAACUUGAAUAUACUCACUGAUGAAUCAAUCACCUGCUGAAUACAAAUAUAUUCUGGAUUUUCUACGACAUAAAAGGGUAUUAUAUGAUUAUAUUGGCUCAAUAGUUUUAGUUGCCGAAUCAAGAUCCUUUGAAGCAAACGAUGGGCGUGCGAGGUUUGUUAACACUGGUACACGACAACAAGGAAGUCCUUCUUCGUGAUUUUGAACUUCAUGACACUCGACUCAUCAUUGAUGGCUCGAAUCUGUUCCACUUCUUAUACGACUUUUAUCAUGUGCCAGGCGAGUAUGGUGGGAACUAUGACAACUAUGCGAACAAGUGUAAAACCUUCUUCACCACACUCCGGGCGUGUAAGGUGGAGCCGUACGUUGUCCUGGACGGUGGGUAUGAUCCAGAUAACCGAAAAUGGAACACUGUGGUUCAACGUAAGGCGUCUAGAAGAGAGCGCGCUGGUCUGAUAUGUGAGGAAGGCCCUGAAGCAACAGAGGAACAUGUUCUUCCGGUUCUAUGUCAAGUAACUUUCCUCCAUGUCCUGCGUGAGCUUCAGAUACCACACGUCACGUGUCCAUAUGAGGCAGACAGAGAAAUAGCAGUGUUGGCCAAUAAGUGGAAUUGCCCAGUUCUAAGUAAUGAUAGCGAUUUCUUUAUUUUCAAAUUGAAAGAUGGAGUUAUACCUCUCCAACAUGGUAGGACAUGUUUUAUCGACAUGAAAUUGCGGCUACAUUCCAAGACGGAGCAAUCUAGCUUGCUUGAACCAGAGGCUUUACCAACCAACCAGGAAUAUACAUACAUCGCUGUUAAGCAUUACCACUACAGUCGUUUAAUUGAGAGAGUCUGUGGGCCUUGGGAGUUCCUACCAAUUUUCGCUACAUUUAGUGGUAAUGAUUAUGUAGAUAAAACCCAUUUGAAGUCUUUCUACAGAGCGAUAUGCAAGCAGUAUAAAGAUGAACCUCUAAACCUGAGGGCCAAGGUUCGAAUGACGUCAAUAGUCCAUUGGUCAAUGGGCGUACAAUUGGAUGAAAACGCUAUUAAAUACGUAUUGCAACAUUUAGUAGACCUUUCCUCCGGGCAGAAAUCGGAACUGCGAGCCGCCAUUCGCUACUCCAUAGAUAGUUACACAAACAUCGCAGAUUUCGCUACCAUGGAUGUCGAAAAGUUCUUCAAUGCGGACACAAGUUGCAUAUCGGAACUUGAUCUUGGAACGAUAAGUGACUAUGUCACUAAAAAUCCAUUGCCAGUGCCUUAUCCGGAGAUGUUAAGAACCUGCAAAAUGGCGGGAUCAUUCAUGCAGAAUGUGGCCGUGAACCACAGAGUGAUUUUCGAUUGCCAGAUUGAACACUUGGCUGAACCUUCAACGUAUGUUUGCUCCAGAUACAUUAGAAGUGUCCUCUAUGGCUUGACCACGUCAUUCAUCAGGCCAAAAUCUAAAAACUCUAAAGUCAAGACAGACGAUCUAGUCGACUUAAAAGGCACAAGGAAAAGUUGCAUAGAAGAAAGCGACAGACAGAAAGCCGAUAGGAUGAAGGUCUAUAUUAAGCCUACGACGGAGGUUUUUUACGGAUCUCAAUCUUUGAAAGUUCCAUCGUUGCAAAAUGUCCCAGAAAAACCCGUAGAGGAGAGGCUAAACAUCAUGUUUGGCACUUUAGGACUGAAUUCUGAAUUAACCGAAUUCAUCUCUAGCGACCCAUGUACUACGUUCCUUAUAGGUGUCCUGCGCUUUUGGUGGACAAAUGCAGAACCAAAGGUUACAGAGAACCAUUUGAUUGCCGCUAUUAUUGGCUUGAUUUUAUUGCACGCUGAGGUUUUUGUUGAGGUUAUGAAAAGGAAUCCCGAUGCAAGUGAAACAGUCAAUCUACCAUGCUUGGUUCCAAGUAUCGUAAACGCAAUUAAAACGCAAGGUAACGAUCGGGUGAUUGAGUUUGCUAGUAAAAUGUCUCUUCACCGAAACACACCAACUGAUCAAGCAUCAUGGGGAAGCAAAGAAACCAAGAUAAUUCACGGCUUCUCACAGUUACAGACCUGCUACAAGAGCGCAUUACACCUAAAUCAGGCCCUGAUGUCACCAGUGGACCUCCCCAGCCCUGGCGUUCUCUUCAAUUGUACGUUCAUGUACAACGUUUGCAGGAGCCUUGACACAUCUAAAGACACUGAUUGUUUAGACAACCUUUGCAAGAGUCUUGAUGCAUCUAAAAUCACUGAUUGUUCAGACAACCUUUGCAAGAGUCUUGAGACAUCUACAACCACUGAUUGUUCAAACAACGUUUGCAGGAGCCUUGAGACAUCUGAAAUCACUGAUUGUUCAGAAAUGUUCGAUUUGGAUUCCCCGCUGCAUGCUUUGUUUAUGUUGUGGAAAUCUGCUGUCAAAUCAUCAGAGCUCGAAAGGCCUAAAGACUGUGCUGCCCGGGGUCAUAAGGCAGUUGACAAGAAAAUAAAAAUCAAGCGAUCCAAACACGGGAAAUAAAGUUUGGUCUUUAUGGGCACCAGCGUUUUAACUUUUACAGACACUCCACAGUCGACUCAAAGAAUACUGACUCUCGAUAUGAAUGUCUAAACUGGCGAUGAUUUUCUUGAACAAUUUUAUAAAAACGCUAAUUUGAAAGUGCUUCGUAAUCGAUAAGUUGUCUUUUUAAUUAGGGUUGUAUGUUUUUCAUAAGUUUAUAACUGUAUAUGAUUGAUUGAUUGAUUGAUCUCGCUGCCAUAACAAGAUUUGAAUAAACACAUACAUUUAA